AAUAAGGAAAGCUUGUAGAUACUCUCUUGUCUCUGAUUAUUGAAAAAAAAGAUCUUACAAAUCUAAAAUGUUCGAGAAGAAAAUAUCAUUAUUUAUUAUUGAUGAAACCUUGAGGCUCUCAAGAGCAACUGCUUGAUCUUUGAUAAAAAGGAUUUCUUAAACUUUAACUAUUUACACAAUUAUUUUUUAUUUCAAAAAAAUAUAUUAUUCAUCAUUCAAAUUCACUAUAGUACAAAGACAGAAAUAUAUUAGAUGAUUAGCCUUCGAGGCUUUUGUUAAUGGAAAAUGAACCUUUAUACUUUUGAAACAUAAUAAAAGAACCUCAUUAUAUUAUAAAACUAAUGUAAGGUAUAUAAUAUUUUAAUAACAAGAAAGAAAUAAUUCAUUAGAUCAAAGCAGUGAUGAGAUGUAUCAUACAUUUAAAAUGAUAUGUCAUCCACUAUUAGAACAAGCUUCAGCUAAAGGAAUUGAAUAAUUUACCUUGAUUACUCUUUUUUUUUAC